CUUCAAUACGUUUUGCUCAGGCACUCGUUGGCCACUACCUGCGGCGUCAUACAGGACCCUUCAGAACGACAUGGCGGCCACUAGUACGAAAUCGGUUUUGUUCGUUUGCUUGGGGAAUAUUUGCAGAUCCCCCAUCGCUGAAGCAGUUUUUAGGAAGAUGGCAACAGAUGCAGGUGUUGUUGAUAAGUGGAGGAUAGACAGUGCUGCCACCUCCACCUAUGAGAUAGGAAACCCCCCAGACCACCGCGGUCAAGCCUGCAUGAAGAGUCAUGGCGUGCCCAUGAAGCAUGUGGCCAGGCAGUGGGCUAUAGACAGUGGUGCCACAUCUGACUGGAAUAUAGGCAGCUCACCGGAUGCCCGUGGUGUGGCCUGCCUAAGGAAGCAUGGCAUUGAGACGAGCCACAGGGCCCGACAGGUAACCAAGGAGGAUUUCAUGAGCUUUGAGUACAUUCUCUGCAUGGAUGAGAACAAUUUAAGUGAGUUGAACAGAAAAGCCAAACUUGUGAAAAACCACCAUUCAAAGAUUGAGCUUCUUGGUUCAUAUGACCCACAGAAGCAGCUCAUCAUCGAAGACCCUUAUUAUGGGAGUGACAAAGACUUUGAAAAGGUGUACGAACAGUGUGUACGUUGCUGCAAAGCAUUCCUGGAGAUGAACUCUUAACGACAUCUGACCUUAAACAAUCUUUGCUGAAACUUUUGGAUGACCAUGACAAAUGUACCAAAAAUGCUUUGAUUGUUUCACAUGCACUCUUCACUAUAACCCUCUUGUUGAUGUCAGUAGAAGACCAGGAAACACGUUUGUUUCGGUGUGGUAAAUGUUAUAACACUGUACAUUUAGAAAGAUGCUGCCUGGACAAGUUUGUAGCCUAUACAUCCAUGUGAUUAAUAAAAUAGAUCCAUGAGUA